AUGUCCUCACAACAUCAAUCGAAAAAAAGAGUUCAAUUGAGCAUUGAUAAUAAACGCGAAAUUUGUGAAUAUGCGAAACAAAAUUCUACUUUAAACCAUGCAGACAUUGCCAAACAUUUUAAUGAUAAAUAUAAUUUUAACAUAAAUCGCUCAACUGUAACCAAAAUUUUAUCCAAAAAAGAAAAAUGGCUUAAUAUACUUUCGACACAACAGGAUCCUAGCACAGUUCGUCAACGUUCUGUUAAGUACCCUAAGUUGAACAAAGCUAUGGAAUUGUGGGUAAACCAAGCUAUUGCGAUGAAUUUGCCUCUGUCAGAUCAAAUUCUUCAAGAAAAAGGCCUCGAAUUUGCUGAGAGCUUUAAUAUUGAAGAUGACGACAUUCGAUGCUCUAAUGGAUGGGUAUAUAAAUUCAAAAAACGGAUUGGUAUUCACAAAAUUACACUUCAUGGGGAGGCAAACAGUGCGUCACUUACAGACAUAGCAGAGGGCAGGUUAAGGUUGCAACAGGUCUUAGCUGAAUAUGAUCUUGAAAAUAUUUAUAACGCUGAUGAGACGGGUUUGUUCUAUCGCAUGGAACCUAAUCAGACACUCAGUACCAGUAGCAUAGCAGGUCGAAAAAGGGCAAUCGAAUAUAUCGCACUCGCUUGGGAGAAUAUUUCUGCUGAUACAAUUAAAAAUUGCUGGCGCCAUACUGGUGUCUUGCCGCCAGUUUGUGAUGAUACCAAUAUGAUGGACAUAGCAGGUUCAGAAAUAAACCAAGAAAACGAGAUCGAAAUGUUGGUCGAUAGUUUACCGGAUGAAAAUCGCACAAUUAUGCAAAACUAUAUACAAGAACUCGACGCUCCUAUUACUGCUGAGGAACCUCUUUCCCGUGAACAGAUAGUUUCUAUGGUCAUUAUGGAGGAUGAAGAUGACAGUGACGAGUCUCGAGAAGAAAUAUCAUGUGUGCAGGUAAAAGAUGCUCGGUUGGGUUUAGAAACUGUAAUUAGAUAUUUCGAACAGCAGUCUGACAGUACAGUCUUUGAUUUUAAUGAUUUGCGCAUGUUUCGUAAAUAUCUAAACCUGCUCAGCCUCAAGGAACUUGAAUCAAAACGUCAACAAAAAAUCGAAUCUUAUUUUAC